AUGCAGACUGCUUCUACAAACAUUUGUGAAAUACUGUGCAAUAAGUCCAUCUGUGAAAUUUUCUUACUACUAAAUAUUCCACGGUUAACUGUUGGUGGUAUUAUAACAAAGUGGAAGCAACUGAUAACAACAGCAACUGAGCCACAAAGUGGUAGGCCACAUAAAAUGACAGAGUGAGGUCAGCGCAUGCUGAAGCGCACAGUGCACAAAAGUCACCAACUGUCUGCAGAGUCAAUAGCUAAAGACCUCCAAAGUUCGUGUGGCCUUCAGAUUACCACAACAGUGUGUAAAGAGCUUCAUGAAAUGGUUUUCCAUGCCCGAGCAGCUGCAUCCAAGCCUUAAAUCACCAAGUGCAAUGCAAAGCGUCGGAUGCAAAGGCGUAAAGCACGCCGCCACUGGAAU